AAAAUAAUUAAUCAAUUGAAGUAAUACAAUCAAAAGAACCGCUCAGACCGAUACUUUGGAUUCGAGUCCUAAAUGAUUCCUUUGUGGACUUUGUUUACUCCAAUUGGACUCGCCCAACUUUUGAUUUGUUUUUUAUCAAUUUUCUGUUAAUUAAUUAAAUAUAAUUCACAUUUUCUGAUUAAAUUUAAUAUUCAAUUAUGAUUUUCUGUGAUAAACGUGUUAUCCAGGGUGGGACUAAACUUUCAAAAUCAUAUUAUCUGCAUGAAGUGACACAUUAUCUUGACUUGGGUGCAUUCAUCCGUCAAAUCAACCGAUUGGUUCCAGAAUUUAACUUUGGACAAGAUGCCGAUACAAGCUCAGAUUUAGCUGUUCUGUCUAAACAAGAGCCUGAGAUUACAUCCAAUUCUGAACCAGAUCCUAAAUCCGAGCCUGAAGUUGAACUUAAUCAACAACAUUACAACCAUCAAACUGAUCAAUCACCAUUUGAACCCUCACAACCAUCACUUUUACCUUAUCAACCAUUUAAUGAUAUCAAAUAUGAUGCCACUUUACCCGAUGAAAUUUUACAAAGUGAAUCAAGCUCAGGUGAAUAUGGACCAAGUUUAACUCACAGUGUUUCAGAUGAUACAUUUAAUACUGAAGCAAAUACCGAAUGUAUGACAACAGCAACAACCUCACCAACCAGUUCACGAUCUAACAGUCCAUCCUUGAUCACAAUCAAUCAAAAGGCGAAGAAAAAAAUUAAAACCAAAUGUAGCUCAUCUCGUGAAGCGAAAAGAAGAAAAAUUUGGAUCUCAAUUGCUCGAAGAGAAAUUCCCAGAGCACAGAAAAGACGAUCUUCUUUUAGGAAAAAACUUCUCGCGACUUGUAGAAAAAUCUCUCGAAUGGCCAUACCACCAAGUAGUCCAUUUCUUACCGAUCAAAUCACCGGUUUACCAACUCAAACCAAUUAGGCUAAUUGUUUGACCCAAAAAAAAAAAAAAACGAAAAAUUGUAAUUACAAAAAUUAUUUAUUCCAUUGUAAUUUUCUCCGUAAUUUAUGAACAUUCCCUCAUUUUGGAAUUAAAAGAAGCGCGAGAAU